UUACUAUAUAAAGAUAAAACACCUUAUCCAACUGAUAACUUUAACCCAAGAAAGAAAAAUAAAAACCAAGAUAUAAUACAACAACGACCUUUAGGAAGUAUAUCAAGAAAUAUAAGGAGAAUAACUCAAGAUUUAAUUAAUAGAGUAAAUCCAACUGCAAACCAAAAAAUUGGUGCAACACUACAAUUAUUAGAUACUGCAACAUUUUCAGCAUCCUUAAUAACAAGAAAGCAUAAAACUUACCAUACAAAAAACCAAUUAGAAAAAGAUAAAAUCCUAUUAGAACUAACAGAUAUACAUACAUAUAUAGAAAACUUCUUAUUUAACCUAAAUAGACUAGAUAAAGAAAAUAAUAUACCAAAGGAAAUAUUACAAAUAAUACAACUUACAUUUAUAUCUGUACAACUACUCUUACAAAAUGAAGGA